AUGUCUGGCUACAAGAACUUUGCUGUUGUCGGCGCCGGUAACAUCGGUGCCCCAAUCAUUGAAGAGCUCCUCAACGGGAAGUCGACUGGUAAAGUCGAUAAGGUCGUCGUUCUUUCGCGCCCCGAGUCUGCCUCCAAACUUGAUGCUCUCAAAGCGCGCGGUGCGGUCGUCGUCCCCGUCGCGGACUACUCCUCGGUGCCGGACGUAGCCAAGGCGCUCACCGGGAUCGAUGUUGUCAUCGCCACUCUUACGCACAACGCACUCCCUCUUCAAGUUCCCAUCGCUGAAGCUGCCAAGUCCGUUGGCGUUCAGCUUUUCGUUCCCUCCGAGUUCGGCAUGGCCACGGACAAGGCGACCGAUGGUCUUCUUGCUGGCAAGAACGAUGCCAACAAGAAGAUUCGCGCGCUCGGCCUUCCUACGGCCGUGUUCUUCACCGGCGGAUUUUCGGACUGGCUUUGGACGCCCUACCUCAGCUUGGACGUCAAGAGCGGGAGCGUUGAAGUUGGCGGUGACGGGAAUGCGAAGAUGUCCCUCACUUCGCGGACAGACAUCGGGCGAUACCUGGCGUAUGUGCUCACCACGCUCCCGCCGGCGGAGUUGAAGAACAGGAUAUUCCGCAUUGAGGGAGAAAGAGCGUCGUUCAACGAAGUAUUCGCAGGAUACGAGAAGAAGUACGGGACGAAGGUCCAAGUCAAGUAUACCCCCGUCGAGGAACUCGGGGCGAGAUUGAAGGAGAACCCGCACGAUGUUGGAAGCGCUCUGCAUAUCGCCUGGGCGACCGGGCUGGGUGUCGUCGGAUCUCCUCUGGACAACAGCGUGUAUCCUGACUGGAACCCGAAGCCGGCGGUACACUAUCUAUAA